GUAAGUGACAAGUGAUCACCUUUCCCAACGAUCACCGAAAGCAACUUGGAAUUUUUGUAUGCUCCCUCAAAAAAAGAUUCCACAAACUACUUCGUGUCCUUUUCUGCUCCCAUGAUCUACAAAUUCAAACCAUUAGAGUGCUCUGUUUCAGGCCAAAGCUUGAAAAAUGGAUUUUAUCAUCUGCUUACAGACACUCUCCACCAUUGUAGCAUUCACAUAUGUGUGCAAAAUCUUGAAUUGGGUUUGGUUCAGACCAAGAAACCUGGAAAAACGCCUCCGGCGGCAGGGUUUCACCGGAAAUUCCUACAGGGUUUUGUACGGAGACUUGAAAGACAUGAGAUUGAUGAACAAAGAAGCCUCGUCCAAACCUCUCGAUUUUUCCCAUGAUUUUGUACACAGAAUUAUGCCCAUCUUCCACUUUUCUCUCAAGAAAUAUGGUGAGAAUUGUUUCGUGUGGUUCGGACCAAGCCCUGCAAUUCUUGUGAUGAACCCAGAAAGUGUAAGAGAAGUUGUCUCGAAAAGUAAUGUUUUCCAGAAGCCUCCUGGUCGCCCCUUUAUUAGAUUGAUGAGCAAAGGAUUAGUUACACUCGAAACGGAUAAAUGGGCCAAGCAUAGGAGAUUGAUCAAUCCUGCAUUUCAUGUUCAUAAACUUGAGCAUAUGGUUCCAUCAUUCUACUUGAGCUGUGAUGAAAUGUUGAGCAAAUGGGAUAAGAUUGUGGGAAAAGAAGGAUGCUGUGAGGUGGAUGUGUGGCCUCAUCUUCAGACAUUGACGAGCGAUGUGAUUUCAAGAACUGCGUUUGGGAGCAGCUAUUUGGAGGGAAGAAAGAUAUUUGAACUACAAAAGGAAUUAGCCAAACAUGUCAUGGAAGGAAAUCGCUCUGUUUACAUCCCGGGAUAUAGAUUUUUGCCAACGAAAGUGAAUAGGAGAGUGAAAACGAUCAUGAAGGAAGUGCAAACGUCCAUGCUCGACAUAAUCAACACAAGAAGCAGAGCAAUGGAAGCAGGGGAAGCUAGCAAGGAAGACUUACUGGGAAUACUGCUCGAAUCGAAUUCCAAAGAAAUCGAACAACAUGGAAGUAAGCACGGAAUGAGCAUGGACGAAGUGAUUGAAGAAUGCAAGCUCUUCUACUUUGCAGGCCAGGAGACAACCGCGUCUCUGCUCGUUUGGACAAUGAUUCUACUGAGCAAGCACGAGGACUGGCAGAGUCGCGCCAGGGACGAGGUUCUGCAAGUUUUCAAGAGAGGAGAAUCUGAUUAUCAAGAACUGAACAACCUCAAAAUUCUAGGCAUGAUCUUGCAUGAGGUGCUACGGCUCUACCCACCGGGACUUGUGCUCUUGCGAUUUACUCCCAAUGAAUGUAGAUUAGGAAAUGUGAAUCUGCCGGCAGGGGUGCAGCUUAUGCUGCCCUUGAUUUUGUUGCAUCACGACCCUAAAAUAUGGGGAGACGACGCGAAGGAAUUCAGACCGGAGAGGUUUAGAGAUGGCGUGCCCAAGGCGGCUCAGGGGGCGGGGCAGCUGGCCUACUUCCCCUUCGGGUGGGGGCCGAGGAUAUGCAUUGCGCAGAACUUUGCUAUGUUGGAAGCUAAAAUGGCGAUGGCUAUGAUUUUGCAGCAUUACUCGUUUGAGCUUUCGCCGUCGUAUUCGCAUGCGCCUCAUCAAAUGGUGGCGCUCCAACCUCAACACGGCGCGCAUUUGAUUCUUAAGAAACUAUAAGGUUUGCAAAGAGUCACAUGAACUGUGAUUUGUGAGAAUAUGAUAUAGAGGAAAAUAAUUACUACUCCUUCCGUUUCA